GCGCCAGCGCUGGCAGCAGAUCUGGACGAUUGAAAUGGAGCAAAGUUUCUUUAAACGACGGGAAGUUGACCUAGCAUCCCAUUAAAACCGAGAUCUAGAAACAUUUCCCGCGAUAAUAACGCGUAUAGAGGACAACAUGGAAGAAAAACAGCCUUGUUUUGAUAAGGCGCUAACGCUAGUUUGUUUGAACGCGUCGUGUUGUGACAGCUCGUGUAUUAAUGCGCGUAAACUAUAAUCUGAAAAGAUGAUAAACUAUCAUUUUCCAAGACAUAUACAUAUUUCGUGAUUUACUGAUUUUUGAAAGCUGCGACAUCGUCAGUCAGAAACGCUACGUGACGUCACUUCCGUAAGUACUGUUACAGUAUCAUAACACAGAAGUACCUGACUGUCACCUUGAUGUGAAAAAAUAUGUGCCACGAAUUAACAGGGUACUCCAAGAGGCUUGGAAAAGCAUGGUAUUGUGAUAUCUGUGGUAUCAUACUAUUGCCAUCUAAUAUACUGUGGUAAAACCUCUUUUUACUAAAUUUAUCCAAGACACCACAGCUGAACAGGAUUUGAGUCACAACAAGUGUUUUCAAUGGCCACACAAUGAAGGCUCAACUUCAGAUUACAGUUCUGUCCGCUAAGCUUCGGGACAGUAAGAAGAACUGGUUUGGACCCAGUCCUUACGUCGAGGUGUGUGUGGACGGCCAGUCCAAGAAGACGGAGAAAUGCACCAACACACACACUCCCAAAUGGAAACAGUCUCUCACUGUGAUCGUCACUCCUUUCAGCAAGUUGGUUUUCCGUGUUUGGAGUCAUCAGACCCUUAAAUCUGAUGUUUUGCUGGGCAUGGCCGCUCUGGAGGUCAGCGAGAUCUUAAAAGCCAACAAUCUGAAGAUCUGUGAGGUGGUGCAGACGCUGCAGUUGACUUCAGACCGAGAGAUGGUUGGAGAUCUGUCCGUGUGUCUCGAUGGACUUCAGGUGGAUCCCGAGACUUUUGCGUCUGAGGAACAAAAGCACAAUGCCGUUGUAAAUGGAGAAUCCAGACUGAACGGGGAUGUGGCAGGAAGACGAGACUCGUCCCCAUGCAGUGACAUCACAGAUGAAGCACCGCUGACCAAUGGUCAUGCAGUCCAAAAUACGGGGUCUGCCUCUCUGAGACCCCCCCGACCAGCUCGCCCCCUGCGGCCACACAAACCUACUUCCUCCACAGCGUCCUCUGCCGGCUCGAGUCCCACUCACAGCAGCAGCGCUCCCAGCCCAGAAACAUCUCCACGGCUGUGUGUGACCGGAGAAACCGAGGGUCAGGGGUCAAACCAGGCCCCGAGGGCCAGUCCAACGCCCCCCAGAGCUCCUCUGAUCACUAACGGACCUCUUCCUCCUGGCUGGGAGCAGAGAGUGGAUCAGAACGGCCGCGUUUACUUCGUGGAUCACAUUGAGAAAAGAACCACAUGGGAAAGACCAGAACCGCUGCCCCCUGGCUGGGAGCGUCGUCUGGACCCGAUGGGACGUGUGUAUUACGUGGAUCAUAUGAACAGAACCACCACGUGGCAGAGACCCACGCUGGAGUCGGUGAGAAACUACGAGGAGUGGCAGAACCAGCGCAGUCAGCUGCAGGGAGCCAUGCAGCGCUUCAACCAGAGGUUCAUCUACGGACUGCAGGAACAGCUCGCGCCGACAGCUAGUAACGAGAUUGAUCCUCUGGGUCCUCUGCCGCCGGGAUGGGAGAAACGGACGGACAGUAAUCGGAGGAUGUAUUUUGUUCACCAUCCGACGAGAUCCACACAGUGGGAAGACCCUCGAACACAAGGGUUGUUGAAUGAGAAGCCUUUGCCGGAGGGUUGGGAGAUGAGGUUCACAGUGGACGGGAUUCCUUAUUUCGUCGAUCACAGCAGGCGAACCACGACAUACAUCGAUCCCCGUACAGGAAAAUCCUCCCUUGAGAACGGCCCUCAGAUCACAUACGUACGAGACUUUAAAGCCAAAGUGCAGUAUUUCCGCUUCUGGUGUCAGCAACUAGCAAUGCCUCAGCACAUAAAGAUCCACGUCAGCCGCAAAACGCUGUUCGAGGACUCGUUUCAGCAGAUUAUGAGUUGCCAUCCGCAAGAUCUGAGACGGAGACUGUGGAUUAUUUUCCCCGGGGAGGAGGGGCUUGACUAUGGAGGCGUGGCCAGGGAGUGGUUCUUCCUGCUGUCUCACGAGGUCUUGAACCCCAUGUACUGUUUGUUCGAGUACGCCGGCAAAGACAACUACUGCCUGCAGAUAAACCCCGCCUCCUUCAUUAACCCCGACCACCUCAAAUACUUCAAGUUCAUUGGCCGGUUCAUCGCUAUGGCUCUGUUUCACGGGAAGUUCAUCGACACGGGCUUCUCUUUGCCUUUUUUUAAACGCAUCCUGAACAAACCUCUGGCUCUGAAAGACCUGGAGUCCAUCGACCCGGAGUUUUACAACUCGCUCAUCUGGAUCAAGGAUAAUAAUGUAGAGGACUCUGGCCUGGAGAUGUUUUUCUCUGUGGAUAAGGAGAUUUUGGGAGAAGUCACCACACAUGAACUCAAACCUGAUGGAGGAAACAUUCAGGUGACGGAGGAAAAUAAAGAGGAGUAUAUCAGGUUGGUGGCUGAGUGGAGGUUGUCUCGAGGGGUCGAGGAACAGACUCAGGCAUUUCUCGAGGGCUUUAAUGAAGUCUUGCCGCAGCAGUACCUGCAAUACUUUGAUGCCAAAGAGCUGGAGGUGAUGCUGUGUGGGAUGCAGGAGAUCGAUCUGGGCGACUGGCAGAGGAACACCAUCUACAGACACUACGCUCGCAGCAGCAAACAGAUCGUCUGGUUCUGGCAGUUUGUGAAGGAGAUGGACAACGAGAAGCGAAUGCGUCUGCUGCAGUUUGUGACCGGCACGUGUCGACUUCCUGUCGGGGGAUUCGCUGACCUCAUGGGGAGCAAUGGGCCGCAGAAGUUCUGUAUUGAGAAAGUGGGAAAAGAAAACUGGCUGCCCAGGAGCCACACAUGCUUCAACCGUCUGGAUCUGCCGCCCUAUAAAAGCUACGAGCAGUUAAAGGAGAAGCUGCUGUUCGCCAUCGAGGAAACAGAAGGCUUUGGUCAGGAGUGAAGCAUGCACACUUUACACCCACUGCUGCCACGAGGGAGGAUCUCUCUAAAUCCAUCCUCUUCUGAUUUAACAUGAUGGAUGCACAGCGAUGCAGCGGUCCUCGGCUCACUCUAUGCACACCCUCGUAUUAUUAACCUGUUCAUGACUGCCGCCACUCUCUACUGUCGUAAUGCACAUGCUAAUGAGUUUGCAUGGUAUGUGUCCGAAUGAGUCUCAUCUGUUUCAGAGCUUCGGAUCUGUACCUUCACACAAACAUGGGUUUGCCAGUUGAAAAGGUUGCACUUUAUUAGUGAGUUGCUAAAAUGAAACAUGCAACAGGUCAUAUUUCACCUCCAAAUCAAGAGUGUAGGAAAUAUUAUUUUGCAUGUAGAAAAUGAAUAGUUUUUACAUUAUUUUCAUGAAUAUCAAGCACAUGUUCCCUUCAAAUUAACUUGUGCAAGAAAAUCUAAUUCUCUGCUAAAAAAAUAAAUAAAUUAAUGAAGUAUGGGCUUUAUGUUCUUCAUGCAAAAUAUAAUUUCUUUUGAUUGUGUGUGUGUGUGUGUGUGUGUGUGUGUGUGUGUGUGUGUGUGUGUGUGUGUGUGUGUGUGUGUGUGUGUGUGUUGGUUUAAUUCCUUACUAUCAGACUGAUAUAUUUCAAAUGUUUAUUUAUUUUAAUUUUGAUGAUUAUAACUGACAACUAAGUACAACCCAAAUUCAGUGUCUCAUAAAAUUAGGAUAUAACUUAAGACCAAUACAAAGAAAGGAUUUUUAGAAAUCUAGGCCGACUAAAAAGUAUGAGCAUGUACAGCACACACACACACACACACAUAUGGUUGGAUAAACAUAAAGCAAUAGCCCAAAAAUGUCAUCUAAUGUGAUCAGAUCUGCCUUUUAUACCUUUAAUGUAAAAAAAAAA